AUGACACCUGGCGACUCGGAAUCUCAGCAGAUGACUGCUUCACAUAGUGUAGACAAAGAAAUGUCUGCACUUUCUGCCCAGUUGCGGCGUUCUCGCCCGGGUCACGUCCAAACUACAUUCAAUCCCAUCUCACAACCCGUACACAUACCUGGCUCAGCAAUCAGCGCCUCCUCAGCAGCCUCCAGUUCUCAGCAAGGAUCGCCCAUCAUGUCACCCGGGACAGCCGUCUUGACGACCAACUCCUCCAUCCAGGCUUCGCCUGAGCCCCUUCGACCUCGGGAUGAUGAUCAGUUCUCAACCAGCUUUCAACUUCCAGACUCGAUCUUGACACGCAAGACAAGUACCACUUCCCUCGGCAAGAGUUGGGUCAGCAAUACAAGCCCAAUUGCAGAGGCGGUAGCAAUGGAAACCAGAAGCAAUAGCAUAACUGCUGCCACCGCGGGCACCACACCUACUGCUACAAACACCAAGGGCAAUUUGAUCCGUCGAUUGUCCAGUCGAGCAUCGAGGAGACUCACCAGCAGCAGAAGGAGGCAAUCGUCCGCGGCUCCUACUAGCCGAGAUGGCAGCGUUGGCCCUUGUUUCUUACGACGACGCAGUGACAGCAAUGCCACUGCUCCUCCCGACUAUAUUCCCACACCUUCCACCGACUCAGAAUCUGACCUCGACGAGAGAGAUGAUCUGAUGUCGAUAAAAUCUAUGUUUCUCGACCACAUACCCAAAGGCUCCUCUGCAAACAGCACAACAGGAUCGAUUACAGGCAGUGCCAACAACAUGGACGGUCCCGUUAUACCUCUACAGCUGCAGCGAGGCACUUGGCUGAGGAAAAUCUCCAAAAAGAGCCGAUCAAAGCGAAUCUGCCUCAUUUAUGAACGGGAAACAAACAAACUUGUCUGGGACAAGGCUCGUCCUCACAAAUUUCUCCACGUAGAUGAAGUCAGAGAGAUUCGAUUCGGAUCUGAUAUUCAACAGUACGCCAGGGAUUUUAGCAUUCCUGAGGCGGAACGACUGACCUGGUUUACCAUACUUUACCAUGUACCAGACAAGUCAAAAUCGAAACUCCUGCAUCUCAUGGCUGACAGCAUCGAAACGACUAACCUUUGGAUUAACUUCCUUGAAGCUAUGCUGCGACACCGACAGGAUGUCAUGACUGCCUUGAUGACCUUCAACGACAAGGCCAUCCAACAAUAUUGGCAGUCGGAAAUGGCGAAACAAUUUGGUGAGAAUUCUGUGAGCGAAGACCCAGAAGAGCUCGACAUUGCCGGAGUGAUGCGCGUUUGCCAAAACUUGCACAUUUACAGCUCACAGUCGACGCUUCAGGCUAAUUUCAGGCUUGCCGACUCUCGUCGCCGCGAAGCACUCAAUUUCGAAGAAUUCUUGGAUUUCCUCGGGCUUAUGCGCCAAAGACCAGAUGUUCAGCGCAUCAUUCGGAGCAUCGCUGCCAAGCCUGGCAGGGGCCUGACCUUUGUCGAGUUUCAAACGUUCUUGAAAGACUACCAAGGCGAGGAUGUCGAGGCGAACAUAUCCAUUUGGGAGAAGCACUUCAACAAGUUUGUCCGCAAGCAUCGAUCUGAUGGCCUGGGUAGUCUAGAAGCUCCUCAGGAUGACACGUAUAUGUCGGAAGCUGCAUUUGUUGGAUUCCUUUCUUCUCGACAAAACGGCCCACUCACGGAGGAGCCUCAAGAAUACACCUUGGAUCGCCCAAUAAAUGAGUAUUUCAUCUCUAGCUCUCACAAUACGUAUCUCCUCGGCCGGCAAGUCGCUGGUCAAUCAAGUGUGGAAGGAUACAUACGCGCACUAGCACAGGGAUGUCGAUGUGUCGAGGUAGACUGCUGGGACGGAUCUGAUGGUCAACCCCAGGUCGUCCACGGACGGACUCUCACCUCGGCGAUUAGCUUCAAAGAGGUUAUGAAAACCAUCAACAAGUACGCCUUUGUGAAGUCGAGCUUCCCUCUUUGGAUUUCUCUUGAGGUUCACUGCAGCCCAUCACAGCAGGACUUAAUGGUCGACAUCAUGAAGGAGGCUUUUGGGCCGAGACUGGUAACUGAGACUCUGGCUCCUGCGUGGAACAGGCUUCCAUCUCCGUCUGAUCUGAUGGAGCGGAUCCUCAUCAAGGCCAAGCAGGCGCGAGUCGGUGGCAGGGAUGAAAGUGUUCCGGCAGAGCCCCUCGGCCGACGACGCGGAAGCAGCUUAAGCUCACCGAUUUCGAGACCAACAAUCCCAGACAGUAGUGUUUUUUCGCCCUCGCAGUCGCUUCCUCAGAGUCCUCUUCUUUCAGCCACGAGCCAAGCCCGCCGACUCGUCAGCAAAAGCCGCGUCAACACCAUCGCUGAGGGCGAGGUGCAUGACAUUCCCAGCAGCAGCACCAGUGAUACCGAGAGUGGGAGCGAGAUGGGAGGCACCAUCCGACGCUCCCAGAACAAGACGACACGCCACCUCGGCGCCCUUGGUGUGUACUGUGCCGGCGUCAAGUUCUCUGGGUUCGAAGACCCCGCAGCCAAGACAUUCAACCACAUCUUCUCCUUCAUGGAAAGCAGCUUUGCCAAGCACUCACGCACCAAGGAGGCCAAGAUGGCGCUCGAUAUUCACAACAUGCGAUACAUGAUGCGAGUGUAUCCUGAUGGACUUCGACUAGGUUCGAGCAACUUUGACCCUCUCAUCUACUGGCGCCGGGGCGUGCAGAUGGCAGCCUUGAACUGGCAGACCUUUGAUUUGGGCAUGCAGGUUAAUAAUGCCAUGUUCCAAGGCGGCAUGGAUGAAUCAGGAUAUGUUCUGAAGCCUGACGAGCUGCGUGACAUUCAGAUUCAGCCAUACAACUCUGCAAUUGCCGAAGGCAAGAAGGAGCGGUCUGUAGUGACGUUUGGGAUUGAUGUCCUCUCGGCCCAGCAACUAAUGCGACCUGGGAACCUCGCCGCCAACAAGUCCAUGGAUACUUAUGUCGAAGUGGAAGUCUUUCAUGCCAACGAUAAGCGAGACAAAAAGGAAGUUGGGUCCGGCUUGACGCACGCCUUUGACUCGCCACUCAAGUUCCAAACAGAUGUGGUGCGCGAGAAUGGCUUCAACCCCAUGUUUGCCGACGGACAGUUCAAGUUUACCGUGACGACGAAGCAUCCAGAGUUGAUAUUUGUUCGCUGGUCUGUCAAGUUGGCCAGCUAUGGAGAGAGUUACAACAGCAAAGACGGUUCUGCCAUUGCAACGUACACGGCAAAGCUUAAGAACCUCAAGGAGGGAUAUCGCACAAUUCCACUGCACAACCACGCCGGUGAUCAAUACCUGUUCUCUACGCUGUUUUGCAAGAUAAAGGUUGAGUCGAUUGAGACGAAACUUUUCGACAUUGCUGCCCCGGUUCAAGACGGUGGCAAGCUGAACCGCCUCGGAGGCAAGGUGUUUGGCCGGACCAACACGAGUCCUCGCAGCACGUUUGAGAAGAGCAGCACGGAAAAGAACAGUUUUGACAGCAGUCUUACCUAG